ACUCAUUAGCAAACGAAACACAAUUAUCUAUAUAAACACGGGCACAUAUCACAUUCAUUGACUCACUAACGAGCAACUCAAAUCGAACCAAAUUGACUUUAUUUAACUUUCAAUCGUGACCCGGUCCGUGUCCCUUGGCUCUCUAUAUAGAGCAAAGUCGAUUAGGUUAUUUAACUGGCAAUCUAAAUAAACAAUUACACAAUAAGUUGGCUAAACGUUUGGCCAUAAAACGAGCGUUAAAUAAAUAAUUGAUAAGCCGCAAAGGCCAUUAAAAAACAGAGUCAAGUAGGGGAAGAAGAAGCAGAGGAAAACUCUGCAGCAGUUUGCCAACUCAAUUGCCACGCACAGAUACAGAUACAGAUACAAAUGUAUCUCGACAGUGAACGUGACUAAAAAAGAAUUAAGCAAAAGAAGAAGAACAAACUCAACUUUGCGUGCAAAAUAAAAGGAAAGGAAAUGCUUUAAAAAUGUUGCAUGUGUGUAGCAAAGAAGAAGAGCGUGCCACGCUAAUCAGUGGCCUGCUGCUUGCUGCAUUAAUAUUUCAAUUGGCAGCGUCAGCGGCAGCGGCAGCGACACCGGCGUCGGCGUCGACGUCGCGAGCGUACAAAGCUCAGCGAGUGCACGAACCAAUAGAAGCGGCAGCGCAUGCUACUGUGGUGAGCAAAGCAUUAGUCAAGACGCGCAGUGCCGCAAUGCAGCGCCUGCCCCGCAGCGUUUUUCAUGUGCGCUGGAAUCCCAAUGAGAAAUUCAUUGUGGAGAGUCGCGAGAGUCCGGCCAUCAACUCGUCCAAGCUGGCGCCACACCCACGCCUGAAGGUGUCAAAGAACACGAAACUCACGCUCAGCCCCAAGCUCUAUCUGUGCCACGACAAGUACUCGAGCGAGUGCCAAAAUAAGACGGCGUCCUUCCGGCGUCGCAUUGUGCAGAGCUUUGAGCGCUCGAUGAGCGAAUCGCUGAAUGAUUCGAAUCACUACAACGUGGACUACAAGCCCGUCUUUGGCGACAGCUUCGAGGAGCAGUAUUAUCCCUCGAGCUGCCUGGUCAUGGAGGCGGGCGUGCGUGUCCUGCGGCGCAAGGAUCCGCCGUUCAACAAGCUGCCCUUCGGUCGUCUCUUUCCGCGCCAGAAACUCUUUCGCAAUGUGAAGAACAUCAAGACCUGUGCGAUUGUCUCCAGCGCCGGGUCGCUGGCGGGCUCCAAGCUGGGCAGGUUUAUAGAUAGCCACGAUAUAGUCAUGCGCUUCAAUAACGCACCCACCCGCGGCCACGAGGCGGACGUGGGCAGCAAAACGACAAUUCGCGUGGUCAAUUCACAAGUGGUCACCAAGCCGGAGUUUGAUUUCGCUCAUGCGCCAAUCUUCAGGAACGUCACCAUCGCCGCCUGGGAUCCCGGCCGCUACAAUGGCACCCUCGAGGAUUGGCUAACCAGCGCCGACUACGAUCUCUUCACCAACUACGAGAUCUACAGACGUCGCUAUCCCAAGUCGCGCGCCUUUCUCAUCGAUCCGCACUCCGUGUGGCGCCUCUGGCAGAGCCUGCAAAUGUUUGCCGGCAAUCGAGCCAUACGUCGUAAUCCUCCCAGCUCCGGUUUCAUAGGCUUGGCUUUGCUACUUCCGCACUGUCCCCAGGUGGACUUUAUAGAGUAUGUGCCCUCGACGCGACUCAAUGGCCGCUGCCACUACUACAGCAAAGAGAUGAAUUCCGGCUGCACGUUUGGCUCGUGGCAUCCGUUGGCUGCCGAGAAGCUGAUGGCCUUGGAUAUGAAUGUGGCCGACGAUAUGUCCGUCUUCCAGUUUGGCAUCCUGCGCAUACGCCGGCCUGAUAAGCUGCUUUGCGGCUUCAAUUUCUUUGGUUACUGAUGCCACAGCGUCCAUUUCGUCCUGCAGGAUCCACGGCGUCCAG